AUGGCGUCGCGCAACGACCCCGAGGCGAAGGCCUACAAGGCCAAGACCUUGAAGCCCAGAAAGGACAAGGCAGCCAUGCUGGAGAAGCGCAAGGCCAAGCGAGCUGCCAAGGCAGAGAAGCGCGCUGAAAAGGCUGAAAAGGCCAAGGUUAAUGCCGAGGCUAAGAAGGUCGUUGGUGGUAACCCUCGAAAGGAGAAGUACAGUGCAAAGAAGAAGGUUGUGAGUGAUGAAAAGAGGAAGGCGAAGCUCAAGACUCGCGCCGAAAAGCUACAGAAGAAGGCAGACACCUUGUUCAAGGAGGCAAAGAAGGCUGCUGCUCAGUACCAGGCUUUGCUUGAUGCCGAGAAAAAUGCGACUGAGUCCAAGCCUGAACAGGAUAGUGACAACGACGAUUCCGAUUCUGAUUCCGACACCUCUUCGUCUGAUGCUUCAGAGGCUUCUGACGCCUCCGAGGACAAGGGUGGCGUUCCUGUGAAUCAGGAGCCCAACGAAGUUCCUCAAGACAUCCCUGCCGACGAGAUCGUUAUGAAGCACCGUCGAUUGAGUAACGCCGGUUCCGAGCGAAGCCGCGUCUCCGUCGCUGAUGUUCCUUCGGAAGCAGAGGAGCCGAAGAACUCCAAGAAGGAUAAAAAGAACAAGAAGGAGAAGAAGGUGAGGGUUGUCGAGCCUGAGGAAGCCAACGAGGAGACCAACGAGUCUAAAUCCGAGGAUGAGGAACCCGAGGUUUCGGACAAGAAGGCUAAGAAGGCCGAGAAGAAGCGCAAGCGAGAGGCCGAGGCCAAAGCCAAGGUAGAGAAGGGAUCUGAAGAAUCCGCUGCUCAAACUGAGCAGUGGCAGGUCGAUGGUCUCGAAGGCGGUUCUGCUCGACAGGCCAAGUUCCUACGACUCUUGGGAGGUAAGAAGGUGGGUGGUGCUGCCCCCGCGGCUCACAGUUCUGCCUCCAAGGGCGUAUCUGAUUCUACCAAGGCCGAAGCCGAUAUUCAAAAGCAAUUCGAGGCUGGCAUGAAGAUGAAGAAUGAGGCUGGAAGUAAGCGCCGCGGUCUCGGUGCUUAA